AUGGGGCGGCUGCGCGCGUGCCGCCACCAUCUCCGCCGCCUCCUCGAGACAAGGCCGCCACCAGCGAGCCCCACUCCGGCGCGCCUGCCGCACCUCCCCACCCGCGUGUCUCCUUUCUCCUCGGCCGUGGCGGUCGCCGCCACCGCGCCCCAUGACGCCCGCGACUCUGGCCUCGGGAGCUCGGCCUACUGGGCCUGGAUCCGGGCGGCGGCAGAGGCGGCCCCGGCCCCCACGCCCCCACAGGAGGAGGAGGAGGAAGGCCUGUCGCGCUACAUCCCCGUCAAGGCCUACUUCCUCUCAACCAGCAUUGAUUUGAAGAGCCUUCAGGCGGAGCACGGGAGCGACGUGGUGCCUCCAUCCACCCGGUCACUAAACUACAUCGCGCUCCGCUACUCUGAAUUCCCUCCAGAGAUCAUGUCCAUUGGAGUGAAGGACAACAGAUUUUGCUAUCGCUAUGUGGUUGUAUUCCAAUAUGGUUCUGCUGUGCUCUUCAAUAUUGCUGAUCAUGAAGCUGAGCACUAUCUUGAAAUGAUCAGGAAUCAUGCUUCGGGAUGGCUUCCGGAGAUGAGGAAAGACGUAGUUGAGAAGCGAUCCCUGACAACAUGGAUGAAAGGAGGUCUUGAUUAUAUAGUUCUUAAAUAUUUAGACACUGAUGGAAUUCGGAUCAUUUCAAGUGUUCUUGGUCAAAGUAUCGCUCUUGAUCAUUACAUACGGCAGGUCGAUGAUAUGGUUGAGGAAUUUACUGAAAUCAAUCGUAUCAUGGAGAAGACUGGGGACUUCACAAUGAAAAGAAAGAAGCUCUUUCAACUUGUGGGCAAGGCUAAUUCUAAUCUUGCAGAUGUUAUCAUUAGACUCGGCCUUUUUGACAGGUCAGAAAUUGCUUGGAAAAAUGCAAAUUAUGCACAAAUUCUGGAGUAUCUUCGGGAAGAAUAUGAACUGAAUCAACGUUUUGGAAGCCUAGACUUCAAACUGAAAUUCGUGGAGCACAAUAUUCAUUUUCUUCAAGAAGUGCUCCAAAAUAGACGGUCGAAUUUUCUGGAGUGGGGUGUCAUAAUUCUGCUGGCUAUUGAGAUUGUGAUCUCACUAUACGAAAUUAUCAAGGAUUCCAGCAUGAUGUCUUGA